UUCUUAUUGAGUCAGUCGUCAGUCAGUCAGUUACUUAGCCACUGCUACGGUCUUCGCAACUGCUCUACGUUUAAUCUGUUAGGAAUUUCUAUCAUCAGUACGGAAACAUACUCCAUCAAAAAAAAAUGAAUAAAUAAAUAAAUAAAUAAAAACAGAUAUUGUGCGAAUAAUUCGAUUUGAUUAAUUGAUUAAGAACUCUUUAUUCGGUCGAUUGAGUUGAAGAGAUAAUAAGAUAAAAAGUAAUUUAAGGAAUCCGUAAAAUUUUGAAUUUCACGGUUGUUACACGGGGAGUGUUGAACGGUAUACCGUAAGGGAAGGCCAUUGAGUUGGACUGGAAAGCAUCAUCCUGGUUCCGCCGCGAAAGACAAGCACCUGCUAACGACGAUGCCGUGGGCCUCGUCCAUCCUAUUUACUGCUUUCCUCCUCCAAAUUGGCCAGGUUAUUACUAGGCAUCAUCGAUCAGGGAAUGCACAUAAACCAGAGGGGGAUAUAUCACUGUGGAUUGAUCGACAGCAAAUUAAAAUGUUUAGUGGAUUAGAGAUGGAGAUUUAUGCAAUAAGCGAGGGGAGAGUGCUAUCGUAUUUACUCGAUCCAGAAUUCGAGAUUAAACUUCCAAUAAUACCUAGUGAGGUUUCUUAUGUAAACUUGACAUGGAAGUCUGGCGUUAAGAGGUAUACCUACAAUUUCUAUCAACUGCAAUCGCUAGAUGAAUCAAUUCUGAAAACUCCGUCGAUUACGAUUAAAUCGAAGGGUCGAGUGCCAAGAAAACCAAAAGAGUUCAGUAUUAAUUUGCCAUGCUCCGGAAAUAAUUCCGGCAUAGUACAAUUUGGAAUCGGUCUCAUGAUCGAAACGCGCAAGCAUAAACCACUCAACGGAACACCUCUUCAUUUCAGCCUGAGAAAAGAAUGUACCGUGCGCGGUGAGUGCGUCAGUCGCGCCCAAGAUCACCACUUCUCCAUUCACACAGACAAGCCGAAUUCUGGCCCAUGUCCAGACGGUUAUUUGGGGCCUCCACAUUGUAAAAAAGCUCUGUGUUAUCCAGCCUGUAUGAAUGGAGGUAAUUGUACAGCCCCAGGAGUUUGCUCCUGUCCUCCAGGCUUCCAGGGUCCCAACUGCGAAGGAG